CUAUACACUACGGCAGUUCAUUAUGGUUUGUUAGAAAAUCCUUUCAUUUCACAAUCUCCCGCCAAAACCCCCAAAUGAGGAUCGCAGAAAUCCCUUCGCCUUCUCAACCACAACAACAAUCUCAAUCCCAACAACAACCAAAUUCACAAUUUCGAUUCGAUCUCUUCAAUCCCAUUCGUCUCCAAAUUGAAUCCUUAAUCAAGAAGGCGGAGCUCUUCUCCUCCGUCUCCGCCGCCGACCACACUCUCUCUCCGGCCAUUCCCGACGACCUUCGUUAUUCCCUUACUCAUCUUGCUCAACUCACUCCCCUCCCUAAUUCCACCAAACUCCAUAUCUGGAAGCUCAGUUACCGCCUCUGGAAUGCUUGCGUCGACCUCUCUAACACCUCCGCCGCCCACCGAUCCUCUACUGAGCAUGCCAAUCUCCGUCAUGUUGCCUCGGACCUCCUCUAUCUUGCCGGCGAUGUCGCUGGAGUCCCUUCCCCUGCUGUCAAGUCUGCUUUGUUCUACUACAAGACCGGAUUGAUAUGGCACGAUUUGAAGAAUUUCGAACUCGCCUCUAGUUGCUUUGAGAGGGCUUCGGAUAUCGUCUCGAAGAUGGAUCUCACUACGGUUGUCGAUCCCGGCGCCAAGAAGCUUCUAUUGGAUCUGAAUAUCGCUAGGUCUCAAACGGCCUGGCAGGUCUCUGACAGGAAUCUCGCAAUGGUGCUUCUUAGUCGAGCGAAAGGUUUGAUGUUCGGUUUGCCGGAUCACUAUAAAGCGUUGGGAGACCAGUACUUAGCGUUUGGGAAGAUCGAGUUAUCGAAGGGGGAAACUCAUGCGUUCCGUGAUGCUUUGAAGCUGAUGAAUGAAGCUUUGGAUCUGUUCGAGAAAGGUCUGCGUGUGGCAAGAGCUAGAGAGGAUAUGGUUGAGUUUAAAGCCCUACGAUCCAAGACGCUGAGGUUCAUUUCAGCAGUUCAUUUGCAGGUUGAAGAGUUCGAUAGUGUAAUUAAGUGUGUGAGGCUUUUGAGAGAUGGAGAUUGUGGGGAUAAUCAUCCAAGCUUGCCGGUCUUGGCUCUUAAGGCUUGGUUAGGGCUAGGGAGGCAUGGGGAGGCCGAGAAGGAGCUGCGAGGGAUGAUUGAGAACAAGGGAAUACCAGAGAGCGCUUGGGUUUCGGCUGUGGAGACUUACUUCGAAGUGGUGGGAGGAGCUGGAGCAGAGACCGCCAUGGGAGUGUUCAUGGGGCUGUUGGGGCGUUGCCAUGUCAGUGCAGGGGCGGCGCUGCGAGUGGCUAACAAGGUAGUUGGUCAUGGGGGCGAGGUUUCGGAAGUGAGGGCCAGAGUUGCGGCGAAGCUGGUAUCAGAUGAGAGGGUGUUGACACUUUUUCGUGGAGAGGCUGCUGCAAAGGAAAGAAAAACCAUGUACACCCUGCUUUGGAAUUGUGCCGCAGAUCAUUUUCGGUCAAAAGGUUACGAGAUCAGUGCUGAGAUAUUUGAAAAAUCAAUGCUUUACAUUCCAUACGACAUUGAAAAUAGAAAUCUUAGGGCCAAAGGCUUUAGAGUUCUAUGUCUUUGUUAUCUUGGUCUCUCUCAGCUUGAUCGAGCUCAAGAAUAUGUCAAUGAGGCUGAAAAGCUAGAACCCAGCAUAGCUUGUGCUUUCCUGAAGUUUAAAAUCUAUCUUCUAAAGAAUGACAAUACGGCAGCCAUCAAUCAGAUCCAAUCCAUGAUGUCCUGCCUUGAUUUUACGCCAGACUUUCUCUCACUCUCUGCUCAUGAAGCAGUUGCUUGCCGUGCUUUUCCUGUUGCAGUUGCCUCUCUUUCGAGCUUAUUAGAUUUUUAUUCCACAGGAAAAUCUAUGCCAGCAAGAGAAGUGGUUGUGCUACGCACCUUAGUUACCAUCCUCACUCAAGAACCCAACGAUGACUCAGAAAUCCUCAGAGUCCUGAAACGCGCUUGUGACAGGGCAGUUGAACUUGGGGCUGGUUGCUUCUUUGGAGAAGCAGAAGUAGGGAAGCGAGAACAAAAGUGGUUUGCUGUGGCUUGUUGGAACUUUGGAACAAGAAUGGGGAGGGAGAGGAAGUUCGAAUUAUGCUCAGAAUUUAUGCAGUUGGCUUCAAAAUUCUACACUGCUUUGGCUGAUGAAGAGCAAGUCGAAGAAUACAAUGUCUUAGUUUUCAGAUCACUAACUUUGACUGUAACUGCUAUGAUAGCUUCUGAAGAACAGACAAAGACCACACUGACAAACGCCAAAAUUAAACAAGCCAAAGAAUUGUUAGAUAAAGCUGGUAAGAUUAUGAAGUUGAUUUCCACAGAGAAGCAAGUCAACAACGAAGAGAUUCAUCGUCUAGAAGCAGAAAACUUCUUCAUCUACACAGUUAGUGCCUAUGAUAUACAUGGAAGGCUAAACGAUUCAGUUUCACAACAAUUGGUGGUGAAAAGUUUUGCGAGCUCAAAGGUUUGCAAUUCUAAAUAUCUUCUUCAGAUUGGCCUAUAUGCUUUGCAAGGCCCUCGAUUCAAUCAAGAAGUAGCCAACUUCGCACUCAAUGAGUGUCUAUCAACGCUACUCUCUUCCCCAUCGCCGGACUAUCAAAACGUCGCUCUUGUUUUCCGGAAGCUUAUCGCCAUAACAAGCAUGAACAAGGGCGAGGCAGAUGAUGAUGCUGUGUAUGAAAUAUACCAGCGAGCUUAUAGGAUAAUGGUGGGGUUGAAGGAAGGUGAGUAUCCUUUGGAAGAGGGGAAAUGGCUUGCCAUGACAGCAUGGAACCGGGCAUCUGUGCCUGUGAGGAUGGGACAGAGCGAUAUGGCAAAGAAAUGGAUGGAUUUGGGGCUGGAAAUAGCGAGGCAUGUUGGAGGAAUGGAAACUUACAGCUCAUGCAUGGAGGAGUUCGUUAAUGGCUUCCAGAACAAGUUCUCAAUGCAGACAGAAUGAUUUGACUGUGAGUAUCUUUUAUUAUGCAACUUGUUUUUUUCAUUUUGGCAUGGGAAUACUUACAGAAUAUACAAUGAAGGGGAAAAGGAGAAAUGAAAACACAGCUAAAAUACACUUUUUUUGGUGGUGGGUAUGUCAUGGAGUUCUUCGCUUCAAUUUAGGAGUUUGCUAGCUUGUCCCAAGGUUUAGAAAAUAGAUUUAAAUGUUCCAUAAAUAUUGAUUGUUAUAUUUUUUUUAAUGUUGCGGGUUAGGGAUCGAACCUCCAACCUCUAAGGAUGAAGGUCAUACCAAUUAUUAUUGAGCUAAACUCACUUUGAUAAUACUGACUAUUAUUACUUAACUCACUAAAAAA